AUGUUGUUUUUUAUAUUUAUUAUUCUUUCUAACGUAUUUUUAAAUCAAGCAGCUAUUCUUCAAUGUGAUUUCGAAACAGUUUGUAAUGAUUUCAAUACUGAUUCUUAUUGGGAUGUGACUGAUGGUUACGAUCCUCAAUCUAUUAAUCAUGAUCAUACAUUGAAUACAAGCCUAGGUCAUUAUAUUUUCUAUAAUCGAUCAAGUGGUUCAUCAUUUGAAAUAGCUGAAAUUAAAACAAAUGAUUGGUUAAGUUUAUGA